CUUCAUUCUUUUGAGCAUGCUUUAUUUUCAAAGCAAGAAGCCAUCAUGGGAGACCUUUUUUCCUUAUUUUGGGAGGUGGAUCCUCCCCCCAUACCUUUAAGUUUUACCAUUCCAAGUCAGGAAUAUGAAUGCCGGAAGGAUGACUCUUGCGGGGCAAUAGGGAGCUUCCUGCUUUGGUAUUUUGUCAUUAUAUUGGUCCUGAUGUUCUUCUCUCGGGCUUCUGUCUGGAUGUUGGAGAAGAAAAAGGAUGAAGACAGUGGGACCAGCACCUCAAUCAGUAAAGCAAGCAAAGACACUUCCUAUAAGCGGCAAAGCAAAGAUGGUGACUGGGACUCUUUACAAAUGAUGAAAAAACCAAAGCAGAGCCAACUUACCCCUGUAACUGACUCAGAAGUGGCUUUGGUCAAUGCCUAUCUUGAACAAAGACGAGCCAGGCGCCAUUCUCAGUUCAGCCAGGUGAAUCAGAUCCAACAUGAUAGUGAUACUACUGAGUGUGACAGUGAAGAAUCUAACUCGGGAGCCUCUUCGUGGAAGGAGAGUGAAAGUGAACACCAUCCGUCACCAGCUAGUAUUAAGAAGAGAAAACUAGCUGAGAGGCAAAGGAAUGUGGGAAGUUACCAAAUCAGGGAAAGGCCCUGCCUCCACUGCAAAGCCAUGAGAACAAAUGAAUGGUUGACCCGCCAUUUCCUUCAGAGUACUUCAGUAACCCACAUGAAGGCAGAUAUUCAAGAGGAAAAUUGUGUACCUGACAUUAAUACAAAAUUCAGUAAAUUUUGAAUUUUAUCAAGUCCUUACUUUACUUGCAGCCAGAUGAAAGAGAUGAAUAAAACACAAAAAAUCACCAGAACUCUAGGUGCAGAGGCUUUUACAAUAAAGUCUCUCUACUAACAACAAAAACAUACUUGAAACCCAAGAGGUAGAAUUUCAGAUAAUCCUUUGUCCAAAAACAGGCCAGUGAAUUUGUUUAUGGCACCAUUGGAACAUCAAAGAUCUGCUUCUACUAUGAUUUUUUAAUUCAAAAGAGCACAAGACAUAUUUUAUUCCUUGAGUGUAUGUAUUUUGUUUAUGUCUGUAAUACAAAUAAGGAAGCUCUUUGAAAAUAUAUUUAUGUUCAGAAA